AUGUUCGAUGGUCAACACGCUGAUGUGGCCACAGCCACCAUACUUUCCGUGCUCUUCCUGGCGAUCAUGAUAGCUGGCAUCGCGCUUUCUGUGCUCUAUGGACUCGCCUUGCAUAUUCUGCACAAGAAUCAGAAGCCCUGGCAGUUCUUCCUUUCUCACCAUAAGCGCGCAGCAGGCGGCAUUGCCCGCCUGUUGAAGAUAAACUUGCAGAAGCGUGGAUUCUCUGUGUUCUUGGACACCGACAACCUCACAGAUCUCACCAAACUGUUCACCUUUGUGAGAGACACCGAGACGCUGGUGGUCCUUGCAACGCCUGGCAUCCUUGCGCGCAAGUGGUGCAUCGGCGAGGUCGUCACUGCCAGGUUGCACAAGGUGCGCACGGUCAUCGUGAAGUGGCCGCUCUUCAAGUACCCAAAUGAAGCGGAGUUGCAAUUGGGGGUUUAG